AUGGUCUCCGGAGUACCUUCUUCUAGAAGCCAAACAGGGAGUAUAUUUUUACCCGCCCCCUUUAGUGACUCUUACUAUACAUGUUAUUAUAUACCUCCUUUAGGGUCAGCAAAUCUCCUUUUCGGUUUCUCCAUCUUGGCCCCUGACUCUGUUGCCAGUCAGGAAGGAGAGGAACAGGCAGUGAUCGAGGGAGUCAGGUAUAAAAGAGAUAUAAGAACAAGGAAAGACAGGUUGACUCGGCAUAGUGCUAGCCAGAAAUAUAUUAGCUUGGAAACUCGUGGGCUCAUCCUCUGCCCUCUCCGUUCUCUCUCUCCGUUCUACCGGAAAAGUGCCUAG